AUAAUUUGUUUCUUUUCGUGUAUUUCCAUUUGAAACAGUUAAGCAAGUGCCCUUGAACACCCGAGUCCCUGACCCUCGAGCUGAAGCGUGCUGCGAAUCAAAGAAAACCCAUUGAUGUUUUCUUCCUAUCUUGCUCGAACAAUCAAACAACGCAUUUCAUCAAACACCUGGUAUUCAAUACCAAAAACUGGAUUACAACCAUUUUUCUACACUCCACCCAUCCCACCUUUAUCAAACAAUAGACUUCACCCAGAUAACAGAAAAUGGAAAUGUGAUAAUGAAAAAGCUUGGAGCUUGAUGAUAUGGGUGUUGGGGAACCAUAAAAAGUUCAACAAUGCUUGGUGUCUGAUUCGGGACUUGUAUCAAUCUUCCAUGAACACUCAACGCCCAAUGCUCAUCAUGAUCGACAGAUAUACAGCUGCAAACGAACCAGCUGAAGCUGUUCGUACAUUCCAAAUAAUGGAAAAGUUCAAACUUAGCCCUGAUCAGAAUUCAUUCUACUCACUUCUACACACACUCUGUAAACAUGGCUACAUUGAAGAGGCUGAAGAGUUCAUGUUUCUAAACGCAAAACUCUUCCCACUUGAAACCAAGGGCUUCAACAUCAUUCUUGAAGGCUGGUGUACUACAUUCAUAGACAUACUUGAAGCCAAGAGAAUUUGGAAAGAAAUGGACAAAUGUCAAAUAAUCCCAGAUGAACAUUCCUACACCCACAUGAUUUCUUGCUUCUCCAAAGUCAAUAACUUAUUCGAUUCACUAAGAUUAUACGAUGAAAUGAAGAAAAAAGGGUGGACACCGAAUCGAAAGGUUUAUAAUUCAUUAGUUUAUGUUCUUUCACACGAGAAUUGCAUUGAUGAAGCUCUUAGAAUAUUGGAGAAGAUGAAGAACAUGGGGUUAAAUCCCGAUUCUACCCCUUAUAAUUUUAUAAUACGUACGUUAUGUGAAUUGGGAAAACUAGAAGAUGCAAGAGGGAUAUUGUCAAGAAUGUUGGAAGAAAAUGUAAGCCCUAAUAUUGACACAUAUCAUGCUUUUCUUGAGGGCAUAGGCGUAAAUUUUGAAGAAAGUUUGGAGCUUGUUGAACGUAUGAAGAGAUCGGGAAAUGGGCCAACUCGGGAUACUUUUGUUAUACUUCUUGAGAAGUUUUUGGGUGUGGAUGAGGUUGAAAAUGCAUUGAAAAUUUGGGUGAAAAUGAAAGAUUAUGAAGUUUUCCCAAAUUCUAAACAUUUUGUGAUAAUGGUGGAAGGGUUAGUGAAGCAUGGAUUAAAAGUGAAGGCUAGAGAACUAUAUAAUGAAAUGAUAUCUAAUGGAAUUGUAGAGGAUCCGAAACUCACAAAGCUAUUGAAGGACUCAUUAGAAGAUGAAUGUAGAAAAAGUAAGAAAUCAAGACAUGAGGAGAGACGUGUGCGUAUGCAUCAUGGAAAGAAAUGGUUUAGUGUUAAAAAAAUCAAGAACAUAAAGUGAUCUUGAUGUAUUAUGUGGACUUGAUAUGUGGGGUUUUAAUGUUCUAAUUGGAUAACCAUACUUUGUUAUGGAAACUUUGUGGGAAGUUGAAGGUUGUGUAAAAGUUCAUUUGGAACAUGAAAUUGAAGAAAGAAUUUGAACAAGUUAUUAACUCAUUUUAAUAAGUGGUAAUAUGAGAAGUACAUGUGAGUUUUUAUAUUGAAUCUUCAUGUCCCAAUGUUUAAUGGAAUACAGGCAUGUCCUGAGAUUUUGUAG